AUGAUGGAGAUUAUCCUAAGAGGAGAAGCAAAAAGAGAAGAUUAUAAAAGAAGGGUGGAGCUGAAGAUAAAAAAGAAUAUAAAGAUGAAAUGAAGAAGAGCUGAAAAUUUAGGGGUUAACUUUGAGAAAGGUAAAAAGCUAGUAGCAGUGGGAAGAAAGGAAGAAGCAGGUGAAGACUCUGAUGGGAAGGAAGAAAUAAAGUGAUCUGAAGUGCAGAUGCAAAAAUAA